UCAACCUUGAAUCGGCCAGCUAAUAACUUGUCUUCAGCAACAGGUAACGUUAGCUAGCUAACGUUAGCCAUUUCUGUCAAAUUGCUCGCUUGGCAGAAUUUAAAUUGAGUGUACAUUAAUUGAGCUAAAUUAGGCAAUCUAAAGUGCAGUAACAUUAAUGUUGGCCAGGUUACACAUGACACGUAACGUUAACGUUAGCCAACACUGAAGCGAACUAAUCUCAACAAGUCAAGCUAUCGGUAAAAAAUAAGCAGGAAAUAUUCGUUUACAGUUUACAAUCAGCUUAGUUAAUGUAAGACAAAACAAAUGUGUGCGCAGAAGACAACAUCACAACGCAGUCUAUUGUUUUGUGUUUUGCUGGCGCUGGGAUGGACCGGUUUGUGACAGCAAGCAGGAAAAGGAAAAGGCAUGUUGGAGGAGAACUUGACCAAGCUUCUCACAGCAAGAAGAGCAGAGAAGCUCCUGAAGAAGAGCUGGAGGAGGAUUAUGGAGAAGAAGAAGAAGACAUGUUGCUUAAGGAGUUCUCUCAGCCAAUACCAUGGCGGAAAAUUGAAGCAGAGGGUCUGGACUGUGACUACUGCCUAUUGUUCAAGACAGAUGAAGCAAAUGAGCUGUUCAAUGCAUUGGAGAGGGAGCUUGAGUACUUUACAGGUGACCAGGCCAAAGUGCAGGUGUUUGGGAAGUCCUACAGUGUUCCACGGAAGCAAGCGACCUAUGGCGAUGAGGGACUCAUGUACUCUUUCUCUGGGGUGCAUCUUCUUGCUCGAACCUGGACCCCAACACUGGAGAACAUACGGGAUACAGUCACCAAGGCAACUGGGCACACUUUCAACUUUGUGUUAGUCAACAGGUACAAAGAUGGUCUUGACCACAUGGGGGAGCACCGUGACGAUGAGCGAGAGCUAGACCCCAGCUGUCCCAUUGCAUCAGUGUCUUUAGGAGCAGCGCGAGAUUUUGUGUUCCGACACCGGAACAGUCGUGGGGGUGCUGGGAGAGGCGGACCACCGCCAGUCAAACUAGAACUGGCUCAUGGUAGCCUGCUGCUUAUGAAUGCCCCCACCAACACAAACUGGUACCACAGCCUGCCCGUGCGCAAGAAGUCCCAGAUGCCCCGCAUCAACCUCACCUUCAGGCGCAUACUCAAGAAGCUGAAAUGACCAAAGAACCUGAGACAAAAAAGCACUGACAUAAGCUCUAACAUAACAGGUCCCUCAUGCCCCAACUCUCCUUUACUGUGAUGCAGCCCUGAGGACCAGCUCUCAGCCUCACCUGCACUCGCUCAUAUCUGGGAACAGGAACAACAAACUAUGUGUCUUAAAAGAUGUUAAGUUGUGCUUGUUUGUUUCACACUGUGUGUAAAUGUCUUUCUGCAGCAAAUUACAAUCAAUAUCACUUAGUAUAAUUAAAACAAAACACAUUACAACAUGUUUACAAGGAAAAGUACUUUUAUUUGUUUUUUU